AUGGUUGUUCGAAACGAGUCUAGUCCUUGCAAGCGUCUCUCAGCAUCCAUGGAAUCUCAUCCUUCAGUUUUCUUCUCUCAGCUUCCUACCAAACUUUCCCUUGACAGCAUCCCUAAGCAUCCUCCGAAUUUCAUCUCCUGCGUCCUAUCUUCAAUCCUCGCCUUACCCAGCCACCUUGCUCCUACCCCUCCUCCGGCGACAGUGAAAGUUCGGUAUAAAGGGCUGAGCGCGUUGCCGUACGUGCACAGUGGAAGUGUUGAAGUGACGAUGACAACCGGCAAGGGUUUCGUCUGGAGUGCGGUUUUGGUCGUGGUGUUGGCGUUGUCAUCCCGGGGCCACGCGCAGGGCUUCCAUCUCCCUCUCGAAGGCCCCCUGAAGGCGCCCUUGCCCGAGGACUUCCUCACCAUCGACCCUUACGCCGACGGGGACAUCAAGCACGACCAUGACAUCAUCAUCCUAGAAGACGCCAACGACCCUAAGUCGUCUGCGCACGGUUUCGGAAAACCUUCCCUUCGUCCCUCUCUCAGCAAGCGUCCCCCUCUGCCUCCUCCUGUCGGUAAACAUCCCGCUCUUCCACCGCCUGUCGGCCUCCCUCCCUCUUUCGGGAGACCUCAUUCUCUCGGCAAACCUCUUUCCUUCGGGAAACUACCGACUCAUCCUCCUUCUUUCGGCAAACCCCAUUCCUUCGGCAAACCUCAUUCCUUCGGCAAACCACCCACCCUUCCUCCCAACUUCGGCAAACGUCCCGCUCUCCCGCCCUUUACCGGCAAGCCCUCCGUCCGCCCUCCUUCUUUCGGAAGACCUUCCAUCCUACAUCCCUCCUUCAGCAAACUUCCCACUCAUCCUCUCAGCCACCCUGCCACCCUUCCUCCCGUCGUGAACACGCCCGUGCCCGCCCACGCCCACCCGAACAGCGUCGCUGAUACCGCUGCCUCUUCCUUCUACCCACGGUAUCCCCCUUUCACCCAGCACGACUUGGGAUACGACCCCUUCGUGUACACUCACCCCACACCUGAUGAGGGAGCCUACUUCCC